UAGCUUCCAUCUCAUAUAUCUCUCGCUUUCCGCUCCAUUCCAAGUCCGUCUCUCACUCUUUUGCUCCUCCUCCUGCUCGACUCGAUCUCCUCAGAUGGCGUCGGAGAAGAAGCUCUCGAACCCCAUGAGGGACAUAAAGGUUCAGAAGCUCGUCCUCAACAUCUCCGUUGGUGAGAGUGGAGAUCGUCUCACUCGCGCCGCCAAGGUCCUGGAACAACUCAGUGGUCAAACCCCUGUCUUCUCAAAGGCGAGGUACACUGUGAGGUCUUUCGGUAUUAGGCGUAAUGAAAAGAUUGCGUGCUAUGUUACCGUGAGGGGUGAGAAGGCAAUGCAGCUCCUUGAGAGUGGAUUGAAAGUGAAGGAGUAUGAGUUGCUGAGGAGGAACUUCAGCGACACUGGCUGCUUUGGGUUCGGUAUUCAAGAGCACAUCGAUCUCGGAAUCAAGUAUGAUCCCUCGACCGGUAUCUAUGGUAUGGACUUCUACGUGGUUCUGGAACGCCCGGGGUACCGUGUAGCCCGUCGCCGCAGAUGCAAGGCCCGUGUUGGAAUUCAGCACAGAGUGACAAAGGAGGAUGCCAUGAAAUGGUUCCAAGUCAAGUAUGAAGGUGUUAUCCUCAACAAGUCUCAGAACAUCACUGGUUAAACCUUUAUUCUAGCUGUUGCCGGUUUUGCUUUUAAGAUUCUGGAUGUUUUCUUCUUGUGGUGAGUGUUUUUUCUACAUCAGUUGGUAAAAAAUCCUCAAAGUUCUUUGAAAUAUUAAAGAUUUUUGAAAUUUA